AUGACAGUACAACAUCGCGCUUUCGCUUCAUUAUCCAAGCCGGCCUUGCCGCCGCGCCAGUUUCCUUCCAGCGGGUUUGAGAUCGUCGACCCGUCAAUCGAGCUUGAAGAGGAGUGGUUGCCUUACUACAACAAGGAUGCGUUCUAUCCUGUCCGUAUCGGCGAAGUCCUCGGUGAGCGGUACCAGGUGAUUACCAAGCUGGGCUGGGGCACGACGUCGACAGUAUGGCUUGGUCACGACCUGUGCGAUGAUCGCUAUGUGACACUCAAGGUGCACGCCUACCCGAUGCUUUCGACGCACGAACUUGAGAUCAACAAGCACAUCGACACAGUCAAGGCAGAACAUGGAGGCCGUAAUAUCAUCCGAAUGAUCAGACACAAAUUUGACCUCCAAGGCACCCUGGGCAUACACCAAGUCUUUGUCUUCCCGCCUCUCGGUGUCAGCCUGUAUCUACUGCAGGAAGCACUGCCGAGCGAGACCAAGACCUUUAUUCCCCGUUCUUUCGCCAUGGCCCUCCAGCGCGUCCUCGCUGCCCUCAACUUUCUCCAUGAGUAUGCCAACAUUACUCACACAGACGUUCACUCUGGCAACCUCCUCGCUGGCGUUGCGGAUGAGUCAAAGCUCGAGGCGUUUGUUACACGCGAGAUCACCAGGCCCUCAGCGAGAAAGAUCGUCGACGGCGCCACGAUUCACAGCUCGCAGUGCAUGAUUCACGACGUAGGGCCGCUUUACCUCUGCGAUAUGGGCGAGGCACGUAUUGGAGACGAGCAUACCGGCAAGGUCAUGCCUUUGCCCCAUCGUGCGCCCGAAGUCAUCCUCGACAUGCCCUGGGGCCAUGCGAUUGAUAUGUGGAGCGUGGGACUGCUGGCUUGGGAUCUCCUUCAGCCGAAAGGCCUAUUGCAGAUAUACGACAUGGACGACCUCGAGAACAACGACGACCAUCAUCUCGCCAAUCUGACCGCACUCCUCGGACCACCGCCAAGCGACUUUCUCCAGAAAAGUCCCAGGGCGAAUAAAUUCUGGGACAAUCAAGGCAAUUGGAUCGGCACAGUCCCUAUCCCCGAAGAGCGGACCCUCGAGUCGCUGGAGACGAUGCUUCAGGGCGAAGAACGGGAACAGUUCCUGGACCUGAUUCGGGGCCUGCUGUGCUGGCGGCCGGAGGAGCGGCUCAGUUCUGUGGAGGCGUUCGCGCAUCCGUGGAUGUCCAACGCGAUCUCCGGAGAGACGUGA